UGCGUUAUGUGGUCUUUUUUCUCGCGCGACUCGUCCAAAGACUUCCCCUACGAAAUCGGCGAACAAGUGCAACAGUUUGACACGAAAAGCAUCUGGAGUCUGCACCGUGGCAAGCGGAAAGGAACGAACGAUGAGGUGUCCGUCUUCACAUACGACAUCAAAAACGGGUCGGACAUUAAGCUGGAGCUAGCGAAGGCGGCACUGAAACGGCUGAAAACGCUGCGCCAUCCGAGCAUACUGCAGUUUUUGGACAGUUUGGAAACGGAUAAGGUGCUGUACGUGGCUACCGAACCGGUCGAACCGCUCGGUACGCACAUUGGCAAGUUGGCGGCGGAAGGACCACAGCGCGACCUGUAUCUGGCUUGGGGCAUCUUUCAGAUUACGCGUGCACUAUCGUUUCUAAACAACGAUGGCAACCUACGGCACAACAAUGUAUCGGUUUGGUCGGUAUUUGUUAAUACAUCUGGCGAAUGGAAGCUGGGCGGGCUGGAGUACGUUUCCUCCACCGAGCUACCGGUGGUACCACCUAUCAAAAUACCACCCUCGCUAGAAAUUUACGAUCCGCCGGAAAAGAGUGACGCGAACAAGCUAAAAACCGCCACCAAAUGUUCCAGCGACAUGUGGGGCCUGGGCUGUCUGGUGUGGGAAUCGUUUAAUGGGCCACUGAAAACGAGAGGAAACCUGAAAAACAUCGAAGGCAUCCCAAAAUCAUUGGCCCCUUUGUAUUGUGAGCUUGUCGGGGCGGCUCCGGCUAGUCGACCGAAUCCUGCGGACGUCAUUACCAAAUGCCGCAAACCGGGAGGAUUUUUCAAAAACGAUCUAGUAGACUCGCUACUAUUUCUGGAGGAAAUUCAGAUUAAAGACAAGGUGGAAAAGAUGCGAUUUUUUAGUGCACUUACAGCACAGAUAGACAAUUUUCCUGAUAAUGUUUGCAGGCACAAAAUUCUUCCCCAAUUAAUAACGGCCUACGAGUAUGGUGAUGCCGGAUCGGCAGUGUUAGCCCCUAUGUUUAAGCUGGGACGUUUGCUUGAGGAAGCAGAAUAUCAGAAGCGUAUAGUGCCAUGCGUUGUGAAGCUGUUUGCAUCGACCGAUCGUGUUACACGGUCACGCUUGCUGCAGCAGCUCGAUCUGUUUAUUUCGCAUCUGCAGCCCAACGUGGUGAACGAUCAGAUAUUUCCGCAAAUAGCGCACGGUUUUCUAGAUACCAAUCCAACAAUUAGGGAACAAACCGUGAAAUCAAUCAUCCAUAUAGCACCAAAACUAAAUUACAACAAUUUAAACGUUGAAGUACUGCGCCAUUUUGCCCGACUUCAGUCACGUGAUGAUCAAGGCGGUAUUCGAACGAAUACAACGGUGUGUCUAGGGAAAAUUGCGCCCCAUUUGCAUCCGCAGGUCAGGCAACGGGUUCUGGUAUCUGCAUUUAUACGUGCGAUGCGUGAUCCGUUUCCACCGUCUCGUGUGGCCGGUAUACUGGCGCUCGCAGCUACCCAGCAGUACUUUCUACUGAACGAAGUUGCCAUCCGCAUAUUGCCCGCUUUAUGUCCGCUCACGAUGGAUCCGGAGAAAUCGGUACGCGAUCCUGCCUUCAAAACGCUUCGUGGAUUUCUCGGCAAACUGGAAAAGGUAUCGGAAGAUCCGAGUCUGCGCGAGAGUAUGGAGGCUGACGUGCAUACGGCUACCCCGUCGCUAGGAAAUGCGGCCGCGACCUGGGCCGGCUGGGCAGUGACAGCGGUUACCGCCAAAUUCUACCGCAGCCAAAGUGACACGGCCCGCCCGAGGCCACCACUAACUGGUAAAACAUUGAGUAAACCUGCUUCUUUGGAGCAACCUUCAAGCAGUAGCAUAUCAACUACGACCAGCAGUGUUACGUCGAUGACCUCGCUAGAACACGAAAGCGCCGACACAUCCGCCUCGGCAAGCGAUUAUGGGCCCGAUAAUUGGGAUCAAGAAAACUGGGGCGAUAUGGAUACUUCACAGGAUCCAAGCAGUCCAAUGGCUGGCACGUCUAAUCAGCUAACGACGAACUUAAAUAUGGUCGGAAGUGUCAGCGACAUGCGUGACGGUUGGGAUAACGAAGACUGGGGUAGCCUUGAAGAAGAUCCGAAUGAAACUGAAUUGAACGAAAAAGACGAAGACGAGCACAAUCAGGCACAGCAGAAGGCAGCAUCACAUAUGGCUAACCCGUCCGCAAUGCUAUCGAACGUUGGGUCCUCGAUCAAUAGCAGUGGCCGCAGUGGUUUUGGUGGUGGUGGUGGCGGCAGCAGCAGUAGCAACAGCACGACCACCAACAAUACGACCAGCUCGUCCGUUACGGACAGCAGUACAGUGAAGGCCAGCAGCAACAACAGCAGUAGCAGCAGCACGUGUACCAGUACCAACACUAGCAACAGUAAUAACAACACCAUAGCGAAUCAUAUCAGCAGUCCUAGCAAAAUGAUCGCGCUCAAGAACAUGAACAAUCUGCUCAACACGGGCAGCAGCAACAGCAAUCAGCUGACCGGUUGGAACAAUGGGGGCAGUGCGGCUGGCGACGGGUGGGGUGAUGGAGAAUUUGAAUCGCUCGACGAACCAAGUGCGGGCGGCAACGCGAAAAUGGACGAAGCCCGUCGAAAACGAGAGGAGAAGAAAAUGCAGCGGCAACGCGAACUGGAGGCAAAGCGAGCUGCCCGUACCGGCUCUGGCGGUGGCCCGAUGAAGUUAGGUGCCAAAAAAAUUUAA